AAGUAUGUUGCUAAUAUGCAUGGGGAUGAGACUGUUGGGAGAGAAAUCCUGCUCCAUCUGAUAGAUUUGCUGGUGACCAGCUAUGGACGUGACCCAGUUAUUACCCGGUUACUCAAUAAUACCAGGAUUCAUAUCAUGCCAACGAUGAAUCCUGAUGGAUUUGAAGCUACAAAAGUGCCUGAUUGUUACUACACACGAGGAAGGUAUAACAGGAAUGGAGAAGAUCUGAACAGAAAUUUUCCUGAUGCCUUUGAAAAUAACAGUGCCAGCAUUCAGCCAGAGACUCGAGCAGUAAUGGACUGGAUAAAAAAUGAAACAUUUGUUCUUUCAGCAAACUUGCAUGGGGGUGCCCUGGUUGCCAGUUACACUUUUGAUAAUGGUAACCCAGUUACUGGCUCUUUGAAAGGCUAUAGCAGAUCUCCAGAUGAUGAUGUCUUUAUUCACCUGGCAAAAACAUAUUCUUCCAACCAUGCCAGCAUGUACAAAGGGACGGGGUGUGACAACAGACAAACCUUCCCAGAAGGCAUUACCAAUGGGUACUCUUGGUACCAGCUGGAAGGUGGAAUGCAAGAUUACAACUAUGUCUGGGGACAGUGUUUUGAAAUUACAUUGGAGUUGUCAUGCUGUAAAUAUCCUCCAGCAGACCAGCUGGAAAAGUUCUGGAGAGACAACAAAGUUGCUCUGAUUGAGUAUAUCAAACAAGUGCACCUAGGUGUCAAAGGCCAAGUUACUGAUAAGAAUGGGAAUCCUAUUCCCAACGCCAUUGUGGAAGCCAAAGGAAGGCCACACAUCUGUCCCUACAGAACAAAUGAACAAGGGGAAUACUUUCUUCUCCUUUUGCCUGGGACAUAUGUGAUCAAUGCUACUGUACCAGGAUUUAAAUCGAUGCUGAAGACAGUGGAAAUACCUGACAAUACUAGAAACUUCAGUGCUUUGAAACAGGACUUCUCUUUCCCAGAGGUCUCAGAUCAGAUCAGAUCAAGAGUUGCUUCAUGUCCCAAAACUCCCCUCUACCAAGAGCUCACACGGGCUUCAGCUGCAGUAAAACCAACCAUACACAUCUUGGUUUUAAUGACCACUAUGCUUGUAAUUUUCAAAUAA